UUUAUUCAAAUGUGAAUCCAUCCCUCUCAGUUCACUCACCAACUCAAAUCAACUCAUCCACACAACAACCUUUACAUACAACCUGCACAUAAUACCAACAAUGGCCUCUUACACACAUAGCCGAAGUGCGGUGAGAGCUCAGCGACGAGACUCGUCAUCAUCCUCAUCUUCACACACAAUGUCAAACCGCUCAAGACCACGUCUUCUACGCUCAAGCGCAACUGAGCCUUCAAUCACCGUCUCCAAUGCUACUGGAAACUCAUUUGCUGGUCCCGAGUCGCCACACAGAGCAACUGAUCUUCUCAACCGUGUUGCCGUCUAUUCUCCGUCUCCCGAGCAAGCCUCCACCCCAGCGGCAAUCCCACGCCAUAACAGACCCAUGUCCAUCUGCCGUGAUCACCACGAGCACUCUCCUUCCAGCAGCCCUGGAAGCCAAUCCGCCGUCAUGUCCGACUCUCCCUCUGGUUACUACUUUAGCUUUCCCAGCUUUGAGGAGUGGAACCAGGACGACAUCACCAAGGACAAUGAUGAUUGAGCGGUGGCGGAAAGAGAUGGUGAGGGGAUCGAUUAUCAAGACCUCAAACUGAAAAAACGCACACAACAACAUCACUCCAAUAACAACAACAUUCAUUCACCCAACGCCCGCUAGACUCGUAACGAGAUAGCAUUCACUGGCUUUUCCCUGGCGGCUCAAAGAAGAGCCAGCGACAGCGAAAGCCACAAAAAACCCCGAUGGAAGCAGCAAACGCAUCGCCCACCAAUAACAUAUCAACGCCAACCUCUUACUGUAUUGAGAUGAGCCGAGAAUGAGAUUGUGGCGGGCUGAAUGCGCUCUGGGACUAAGGUUUAUUGUUGGGUGGAUCUGGAUUCACGGCGGAAAAGGGCUUCUUGGUAGAAGAGAAGCGACGAACGCUUUUGAAGCCAAGGCUAUGCACGAUGAAUGAGGAAUAGCUGCACUACACUCCCCCUCAAAAAAGGUGGAGUUGAAAGGAAACCAACAAGAGUCUGGGUGAAGCUUAAAAGCCCAUUGACUACAAAAAACACAGAAACGCUUUAGAUCCAUCUGGACAAAGCCUACGAAAAACAGAAAAAAAGAAGGAAAACAGAGUCAGGAAAAACGGAAAAACAGUCAAAAAAGAAACAGACACAUCGUGUGUAUAGCAUGGCAACUCAUCAGUUAAAUCUCAUAGCCUAUAUAAAUCAUAGAACAGUUACCAAGAUAUAGAAAAAAAUCAUAUAAUGACA